CGGCUGAAACAUUCUUGGAAACAACUGUACUCCUCGACGCUCGGAUCACACAUCAACCGCAAGCACAAAAGAAAAGUGAACUUUGUACAAUCGUCACAUUUAUUAUAUUCUUCAACGAAAAUUUAAGAUAAAUCGCGAUAAUGACGAGAAGGAUGCCUUACGAUCCUGCUUAAUGCGUCGGCGCUGGGCGAAAUCCCGACCCGAGCCCCCCUUUUCAUUUAGAAGCCAGUGGAUAGCGGGUGUAAGGCCUCACACUUCGCCUUGUGCUCAGCCUCGUACUUGUUCUAGGGAUUGGUCUUGUUUCACAAUACGGCUUCUUUGGGAAAUGCUACGAGGAUGGCGAUUAGCGCCGUCUCGCGCGAUGCUUGUUCUGGCAUUUACGAAUGGUAGCGGUGCAUCGCUAGAAACUACACCUCCUAGUCACGAAAUCGCGUGCCAGAACUCUUUCAGAUCCUUCGUCCCAAGGGCUAAUAAUUAGGAUGGUACCCCCGCAGGCUGUGUGUCCAGUAAUGGAAGUCCUCGUGCGCUCGAGAUCGGGAUGAAGGGACGUGAGCAGGUCGCCUUCCUUCUGCUUUGAAAACUGGAGA